AUGAAAAAGAAUGUAGAUGUUUUAUUUAGACAAAAGACAGCAACAACAACAACAAUGACAUCUACAACAUCCGAUGAUAUUGGGUAUAGAUCGACUUCAUACGAUAAUCUAGAUGAUUUGGCUGAUUAUAAUGCAUCCGAUGACGAACUCGAUGAAUAUUCAGAUUCGCGCAGAGGCACCUCACAUCAGACUAUGGCCAGUAAUGAUGCUGAUGACUACGACCGUCUGGAUGACUAUUUGGAUGAGCAAACCAAUAACAAUGAUUAUCAAGAUGAAGCUGAUGAGAGUCGCCAUUCAGCGUCACCAAAGAGAGAGUCAGGCUCAUCGUCAUCAACCGUCGUUUCAGCUGCAUCGUCGUCUUCACCAUCGCCAUCGUCAUCCUCCAAGCAAGUCAAUGAAAAGAAAAGGUCACAUAGAGAUGAAGAUGAAGAAGGAAGUCUACAAACUGCUGAGGAACUACAACGUCAACAACAACAACAAAAACAAUCACAAUCACAACAACAACAGCAAAAACAACAACCUCAACAAUCAAUGCAACCAAACAAAAAGAAUUUCAAAUCUACGUAUGAGACUAAGAGUAGAUACAAUGUUGGUGGUGGCGCAGGAGUAACAGGUAGUUCGCCAAUUAUGAACAGACAGACUUUCAAUAACAAUGCUUCACAUCAUCACAGCAUUGGCACACCUCCACAACAACAACAACAGCCAUCAAAGCCAUACAUUAUAAAGCUAGCCACUGGUGCCACCAUGACAGUCACACCCAGCGGAAGCAACACCAACACUACCAUCAAACCAAACAUAUCAACCAACAGUAAUUUUAUCAAAAACGAUAAGCAGUUUAUUAAAAAUAAUAAUCAUAAUAAUAAUGUAUUACCACAAAAAAUGAUUUCACCAAAUACAUAUAGGAGUAGCCCUCAAAAAGCUACGAUGAUGAAUGAUCAGAGGAUGCAAAUGCACCCAGGAUAUCAGCAACAUCAACAGCAACAACAACAGAUGAUGGCUUCGUCGUAUGGCGCCGCCUUGAUGAAGCAAUACGCCUCCACAGGUGUACCACCAGGCAUGCAUCAUUCACAAUUCCAAAUGCCAAAUCGUUAUCAAUUCCAACAACCAAAAAUUGUAAAUAGUCAAAUUGUCAUACCUCAAUCUCUACAUAUUCAACAUCAACAUCAACAGCAUCAGCAACAACAACAUUUCCACCAACAAAGAAAUAUAACUUUACAACAAACACAACUUCAUUAUCAUCAGCAGCAACAACAACAUCAACAAUUAACCUAUAUUAACAAGAACAAGAAUCUACAACAACAACAACAGUACAAACAGAAACAAUACCCGCAGCAGCAGCAGCAGCAGCAACAACAACAACAACAACAACAGCAACAGCAAUCACAACCACAACAACAAUCACAACAAAAGCAGCAACAAAUUAUCAACAAACCAAUAGAGCUUAAUGAAAAAGACAAGAGUAGUGAGGUGAUAAUAAAGAACUAUCCAUCAUUAGAUGAGGUCAAGGAUCUUUUCGAAAAAGAAACUGGUUUUAUGAACUAUGAAGUCGACGACCAGAAUAAAGAAAUACAUGUAACAUUCAGAGACGUUCAAUCCUCAACCAAUUUCAAGAGGAAGAAUCAUCGAAAACUAAUUAACAGUGAUUAUCAACUACUGAUCGACUUUAAGUUAUAA